GGUUUACGUUGAUAUGUUGUUUAGCUGACCGUGAUCGACGACACGCUUCCAUCGUGGGAAGAGAGAGGUUCACGAUGCAAUGAAAAAGCUCAUGGCGGUAGACAACAUAGGGUUAGCGCUUAAAACUGUCCUUCAAAAGAUAAAUGAAGUCGCAGAGAAGCGACCAGAGAAUCUUCAAAAAUUGGUACCACGUUUGGUUGCUGUUAGCAAAACCAAGCCGAUCGAAUGCAUCAUUGAAGCCUAUAAUAACGGGCAAAGACAUUUUGGCGAAAACUACGUACAGGAACUAGUUGGGAAAUCAAAUGACCCUCGGCUGAGAAAUUUGGUAGGAUUGAGAUGGCAUUUUAUUGGUCAUCUACAAAGAAACAAAUGCAAUAAUUUAGUUGGUGUCCCUAAUUUGUACAUGGUAGAGACUGUGGAUAGUGAGAAGCUAGCAGCAACACUGAAUAACUCUUGGGGUAAAUUUCCAAACCGUGAGCCGCUCAAGGUCAUGGUGGAGGUCAAUACCAGUGAAGAGAAGUCUAAGAAAGGCUGCCUACCAGCAGAGGCAACACAGUUGACAGAGUUUGUGUUUAAUGAAUGCCCUCAUCUUCGGCUAUCAGGGCUCAUGACCAUUGGCCAGUAUAACUACGACUGGGAAAAGCAUGGCCCAAAUCCAGAUUUCCUGCGACUAAUCAGAUGCAGGGAGGAAAUCUGUGGUAAACUGAAUCUGCCCCUUGAAAGAUUUGAACUGAGUAUGGGAAUGUCAAGUGACUAUGAGAAGGCAAUAACUAUGGGUAGUACAAAUGUGAGAGUUGGAAGUACCAUCUUUGGUGUCAGGGAACCUAAACUUCCAGCAAAAGCAUCAAACCCGCCUACUACAUCGGCAGAAAGCUCUGGCAAAGAAGUGGAUGAGAAGAAACCCAACCAAAAUGGAACCACUGAUAUGUUGCAAGAAAAUAAAGACUUCGUCAAUCAAUUUUCUGCACUUGAUGUGUGCAUAUAGUUUAAGCUCUGACUAAAAGCUUGGUUAGGGUAAUUCAAAUAGGAAGCACUAACGCGGUUAGCAGGUCUGCUCAGAGCUUUGCUUCCUUGGAAAUGCUGAAUCUUGAAAAGACAAGAGGUUCUACUCUAACUUCACAUUUCUAAACAUAACGAAAUCAAUGUAUAUGCUAAGGUUUUGGCAGUUCUAACCUCGUGCAUAGUAUCUUGCUAAUUCUUUGCAUCCCACUCCCCACAAAUUAUCGCAUUAUAAGCCCUUUUAACCAAGAUAACUGAUGGUGUUUCUGACUAUUGUAAAUUCUAGUCACCUUGACAUAGGGGUCUGGGGACGAAAAUGUUUGAAAUUUUGUUGGUGAUGAUGAUGUAUUGAGCAUACAGUAUUUGUAGAUACAUGAUUUGAAAAUAUAGAAACUGUUCUGUUCA